AUGUUCUCCACACUCCUUACUGUCGCUCUCUUUGUUGCCCCCGCCAUCCAAGGCGUCUUUGCUGAUUUCGCCAUCAACAGCCCCAAUCUUGUUCAGUGCAAGACUUCCCGUAUCUCUUGGGAGCCCACCAAGGCGCCUUACAACCUCAUCAUUGUCAAGGCCUCUGACCCAUGUGGAGAUGCUUUGGUCGACCUCGGUGAUUUCAACAAGACCUUCCUUGACUGGCCUGCCAAAAUCAAAGCUGGAACCGUGGUUCAACUCUCGUUGGUAGACGCUAACGACCAAGAAGCCUGGAGCAAGAAUAUCACCGUCGGUGCCUCCACGGACGCUUCUUGUUUGUCUACCAACUUGGCCGGUUCCGCUUCCUCAUCUGUGAAACCAUCUGCAACCCCCGCUUCUUCGAGCAUUGCUUCUGGCACCGACUCCAGCGAUUCCUCAUCCACUGGUCUCGCAGCCCCUGUCGGAGCCGCCAAUGCAGGCACAAACCCAUUCUCGAGUGGUGCCAUUUCUACCAGCCAAGCCACCACUCCCCUUCUUGCCCUCGCCGGAUUGGUUGCGGCAUUCACCAUGCUGUAA